AUGUUCAAAGCUCAAUCCCAAUCCCAAUCCCAAUCCCAAUCCCAAUCCCAAUCCCAAUCCCAAUCCCAAUCCCAAUCCCAAUCCCAAUCCCAAUCCCAUAUAUUGAAAUUUUUAGCUAAGGAAAAGAUAACACAAGGCGAGGAUAUCGCUUAUGAUUUGCUUUUGGUUAUUCUCUCCGUCUCUCUUUUCAUUCUCGGGAUCGUCCUCAUCAUCAUCUGCAGAAAGAAACCGAAAAAAUCCCAUCAAAAACAAGAAAUACUCCCCGUCAAGUCUUGUGUGAGCUGUUAUCAGUUAACCGACAUAGACGCAGCGACGGAUGGGUUUAACCAUAGAAGAAUCGUAGGUAAAGGCCGUUUAGGUACCGUUUAUGCCGCCAUAUCGCUUCGAGGAGAGCUCGUUGCGGUGAAAAGGGUACAUCCACGACUCGUUUUAAGCAAUGCUGGAUUCGGGUUCGCUUCAGUAAUGAAAACACUUUCUUUAGCUCAGCAUCCUAACAUAGUCCCCAUCAUAGGGUUUUCACAAGCACCAGGUGAGAGGAUCAUUAUCAUGGAAUUCGUGGGUAUGGUGAAUUUGGAUUUCUAUUUGCAUGAAAACUCCGAUGGCGCGUCGUUUCUGGAUUGGAACAGGCGUUUGAGGAUCGCUGCCGGGGUGGCACCAAAUAUAAUACACGGAUGUAUUAAGGCAUCGAACAUAUUGUUAGAAGUGAAAUUCGUCGCAAAGUUAUGUGAUUACGGGCUAUCGUUUUUGGCACCCAAAGAGACGAGAGGGUUGGUGUGGUAUGUAAACGAUGAGUAUUGCGGUGCUUGCAAGGAAAGCGAAGUUUAUGGUUUCGGCCCUAGACUUGUAAUUCAUUCUGAUUUGAAACCUCUUCUUAGACUGGCCAAGGUUGCAUCAGCUUGUGUUGGUAAUUACAGAAAGGACAGGCCUUCAAUCUCUCAAGUGGCACCCAUUUUGAACAAUUUGGAGGUUGAGGUUUGUCAUUAGAGUGGAAAUGGGGUGAUUUUCAUACUUUGGUGGUCAAAGGGACCCAUUUCUUCCUAUUAUUUAUACGAGGUCCUUGUGGCGAUUGUCAGAUUUCGGGGGCCUUCUCAUGGGUACAUCAUUCACUAAUGCUUCUCUUUUUGUAAAUAAAUCAUUAACGAAUUUAGGCAUGUAAAUCAAAUGAAAU